AUGUUCUUAAGAAGAACAAAGUUUAGAAUCAGCUAAUUUCCUAUCAGAGGCCUAAGUAAACCCUUCCCCCUCACUCUUCCUGCCCUCCUUUAUGAAUUGUUUUGGAAGUUUCAUUUCUUUUACUAUACGACGGACGCUUCUUUAACUGCCAUUUAGACACCACCGAUGCUUUCACUCCUACGAUCAAAAGAUCAAAGUCUAUGUAUUUCUGACCCAAGGCAAGGAGUAGGGAGCCAUAUACCAACACAACCUGUAAUGACUCAGCCUAGCUGGGGUGCUUGUGACAGGACCACCAUCACAACCAUUGUGCAGGCCCCAGGGGAUUGGAGUACCAGCCUCUUCAAUGUUUGCAGCGACAAAAAAAUUUGUUUCUGUGGUCUCUUUUGUACCAUAUGUCUUGAGUGUAACAUCGCAAGGCAUUAUGGGGAAUGUUUAUGUUGGCCAUUAUUGCCCAACUCUACCCUUGCAUUAAGAGUAGGCACCAGAGAGAGACAUAAAAUACAGGGCACUUUGUGUGAAGACUGGUUGGUUGUGUGUUGCUGCUGGCCCUUUUCUGUCUGCCAGAUGGCUCGGGAACUUAAGAUGAAGUCAACCCAAACGUAUGAAGUCUGUACAUCUCCUUCAAGUCAAGUUUUUGGGGCUCCUGGAACUACAGAGUUCAUUGUUUAAGUGAAAUGUGUUUUUCUCUCAAAAAUGCAGUAAACAACAAUUUAAUGAAUAGAAAAAAUUACCCCCAAUUCCUUUGUAAUUAUUAUACAAUGGCAAAGUAUUAAAAAAUAAAGCAUUUGUUCAUACCCUA